AUGUCUAGUGUGAAAGAACUUACCAUAAACUUUGUCAAACUCAAGAAGUUUGACGGUGUGGAGUUUCGACGAUGGAAGAAGAAGAUGUAUUUUCUUCUUACAUCGUUGAAGGUUGCCUAUGUGAUUAGCACUCCUAGGCCGGUAGAACAUGAGAAUGAGACCAUGGAGGAUGUUCGUGAGAAAUCGAAAUGGGAUAAUGAUGACUUUAUAUGUCGGGGUCAUAUUCUCAAUGGGAUGGAGGAUGAUUUGUUUGAUGUGUAUCAACAUGUUGAUUCCGCUAAGGAGCUGUGGGAGUCUUUGGAGAGCAAAUAUAUGGCGGAGGAUGCUUCUAGCAAGAAAUUCCUUGUAAGUAACUUUAAUGAUUUCAAGUUUUUUGAUGGUAGAUCAAUUAUGGAUCAAUUGCAUGAGGUACAACGUAUAUAUAGUAACUUGAAACAACAUGGAAUUAAUGUUGAUGAAUUAUUUGUUGUUUCGAGUAUUAUUGAUAAGCUACCUUCUAGUUGGAAAGAUGUAAAAAAUGAUUUGAAACACAAAAAAGAGGACAUAUCUUUGUCCGAUUUGGCUACCCAUCUUCAGAUUGAAGAAGGGAUUAGGGCCAUGGAAAAGGCUAAGGAUGGAAAUCCUAGCUCUUCUACCAUCAAUAUGGUGGAGGAAGGAAAAUCUGGUGCUUCAACUAGUGGAAAGAGGAAGAAUGUUAAUUCUUCCUAG